AUGACGUCAGCUGAGGUAGACUCAGCGGUGGUGGCGAACAAUAAAGGCACAAUUGAACCGCAAUUACCUGAUUCUGGGAACGCAUCUGUCAGUGGAUCGCCAGACUGUGUUCGCACUAAUGGUGAAAUAGCCGAAUCCGAUCCGACGGCCCAGUUCAAAGCAGCAGCAGCGCAGGAUGCAGUUCUGACCCUCACAAUCCAACCCACUGUUGGGGACUCUUUCGAGUUCCAGAUCAACAGCGGAGAAAUGGUGCAGGAGUUGCAUCAGGUGCUUCUGGAGCGCGAAUCUACGUGUCACAAGACAUGCUUCAGUCUUCAACUCAAUGGCGUUAGUCUCGACAACUUUACUGAAAUUCGAGCUAUUCCUGAUCUAGUUGAUGGGAGUGUUUUACAUGUUGUGGAUGAGCCAUAUACAUUGAGAGAAGCACGGGUACAUAUUCGUCAUGUGCGUGAUUUAUUACGGCAUGCUGAUCAGGCUGAAGCUGCUUCGGCAGUUGAUAUGAGUUCGCUCUCCUUCCUCACUUCCGUCAAUCUCCAAGAAAGAGGUGACAAAGAGAAAACCGAGCGCUCUCUGGCUCCGAUGUUGACGCAUCUUCCCAAAGGAAAGCCGGCUAUACGAAACAUGGGGAUUUCGUCAUUCAACCCGCCUCCUGGGUACAGAAAAGUGAAGGGGGAUGUCCUAUACAUUUAUGUAGACACAGUAGAAAAACGUCGCCUUCACAUUACUUGCUGCACUAAGGGAUUUUUCGUGAACUCAUCAACUGACGACGUUUUUAACGCUCAACCAAGUAGUCAAAACAAGAACGUCUAUCACAGUUUGGUUGAUCUUCUGAACGUUCUCAGUCCAGGUUUCAAAAAAGUUUAUCCCACUUUGAUAAAGAAGCGCAAUGAGCGCCAUAUGCUCGAUAGACUCCCGACACCAUAUCCAGUUCAUUCUUGGUUGUCCCCUGUGCAAGAGGUCAUCGAGGAUUCGAUUCGCGCAGAUGACGCGUCUCAACCGCAUCGCGUUGGAUUUGAGGAUCACUUACCAGGACAGAUCCGUGACUGGAACGAGGAGCUUCAGACCACCCACGAAAUGGCGCGUGCUACUCUAUCCGAGCGAGUCACCAGAGAUAGGAGUGUUUUCAAGAUUCACGGCGACUUCAUUGGGGCUGCAAUCAAGGGUGCUAUGGCAGUCGUUGAUGGGAACGUGAUGGCUAUCAAUCCAGCUGAUGAGCCGAGGACGCAUAUGUUCAUCUGGAAUAAUAUAUUCUUCAGUCUCGGUUUUGAU